GGACUUCACUGUCGUGCAUUAUCAAGACAUAUACAGUAUAUGGUGGCUUUCAUUAAAAAAAGCAGAAAGCAGUUAAUGUCUUUCCUUCAGGGAUGUAGACUCAUCUUUAAUGUGAUAAAACACCUGAGAAAAUGAAAGCAAUGGAUUAAAUAGACACAGAGACUUGUGCAUUAUUGCUUUGGGAUAUAGCAAUGGGUUUUCUCUAGACGUAUGACACACAAAAGUAAUUGGUUUCCGUUAUUAAUAGCAGCAAGGGCCAACAAACUGUUUAGGGUAAACAUUUGGGUGCCCAUAUUCACAAAGUCCAUCAGAGUAGGAGAACUGAUCUAGGAUCAGCUUCCCCCUCUUAUUUGUUAUGAUCUAUAAGGCCGAACUGAUUCCUUCUCCUUCUCUGAGACUUUGUGAUUAUGGGCCUUGGUCCUCAAGAUUUUUCUUAUCCGAAAGUUCUAAGUUUGUAUGGAACAACAUAGAAAACCAUUAGUAUGCAAAGAGCAGUUCAGCGGUUGGGGAAGCCAUGUGCCAAGUCAUGAGGCUUACUUUGGAAAUUAAAAGAGUUUAUCGAAGUAGCAUUCCGUGAUAGUGAUAAUAAAGAAUUCCUCUUUGUUUGUUCGUACUAGCAAGAAAACUCAACAACAACAAAAAAUAACUGCACCGUGUGCAAGGUGGGUCAACCCCAAGACGACGUAAAAACAGAUCUGGUGUGCAGUUCUUAAGCAAAAACAGCAUCUACAGUAUGCCUAUCUUCGGAGUGCAGGCUGCACUUGAGUCGGCAAAAGAAGGGAGCACAAAAGAAUGCCAAGAUCUGAUUGAAGAACUCUCUAUGGAUGCAACUGAUCCAUUUUCAUAUUCCCACUCUUAAGUCUACAGCCUUAAAGAACAAAUCCACCCCAAAAAUAUAAACUUGGCAAAAAAAGAAACGUCCCUUUUUUCAGGACCCAGUCUUUCAAAGGAUAAUUCGUAAAACUCCAAAUAACUUCACAGCUCUUCAUUGUAAAGGGGUUAAACACUAUUUUCCAUGCUUGUUCAAUGACCCAUAAACAAUUAAUGAACAUGCACCUGUGGAACGGUCGUUAAGACACUAACAGCUUACAGACGGUAGGCAAUUAAGGUCACAGUUAUGAAAACUUAAGACACUAAAGAGGCCUUUCUACUGACUGAAAAACACCAAAAGAAAGAUGCCCAGAGUCCCUGCUCAUCUGCGUGAACGUGCCUUAGGCAUGCUGCAAAGAGGCAUGAGGACUGCAGGUGUGGCCAGGGCAAUAAAUUGACGGACAGCUGACCGUCCUCGCAGUGGCAGACCAUGUGUAACAACACCUGUGGGACAGGUACAGGAUGGCAGCAACAACUGCCCGAGUUACACCAGGAACGCACAAUCCCUCCAUCAGUGCUCAGACUGUCCGCAAUAGGCUGAGAGAGGCUGGACUGAGGGCUUGUAGGCCUGAUGUCCUCACCAGACAUCACCGACAACAACGUCGCCUAUGGGCGCUGGACCAGACAGGACUGGCAAAAAGUGCUCUUCACUGAUCAGGGCUGAUGGUCGGAUUCGGGUUUAUCGUCGAAGGAAUGAGCGUUACACCGAGGCCUGUACUCUUGAGCGGGAUCGAUUUGGAGGUGGAGGGUCCGUCAUGGUCUGGGGCGGUGUGUCACAGCAUCAUCGGACUGAGCUUGUUGUCAUUGCAGUCAAUCGCAACGUUGUGCGUUACAGGGAAGAUAUCCUCCUCCCUCAUGUGGUACCCUUCCUGCAGGCUCAUCCUGACAUAACCUUCCAGCAUGACAAUGCCACCAGCCAUACUGCUCGUUAUGUGCAUGAUUUCCUGCAAGACAGGAAUGUCAGUGUUCUGCCAUGGACAGCGAAGAGCCCGGAUCUCAAUCCCAUUGACCACGUCUGGGACCUUUUGGAUCGGAGGGUGAGGGCUAGGGCCAUUCCCCCCAGAAAUGUCCGUGAACUUGCAGGUGUCUUGGUGGAAGAGUGGGGUAACAUCUCACAGCAAGAACUGGCAAAUCUGGUGCAGUCCAUGAGGAGGAGAUGCACUGCAGUACUUAAUGCAGCUGGUGGCCACACCAGAUACUGACUGUUACUUUUGAUUUUGAUCCCCCAUUCUUUCAGGGACACAUUAUUCCAUUUCUGUUAGUCACAUGUCUGUGGAACUUGUUCAGUUUAUGUCUCAGUUGUUGAAUCUUGUUAUGUUCAUACAAAUAUUUACACAUGUUAAGUUUGCUGAAAAUCAACGUUGACAGUGAGAGGACGUUUCUUUUUUUGCUGAGUUUAUUUAGCUAUUUAUUUCGUUAGGCCACUGUUGAUACAGUGACAAAAUGUUUUGCAUUUUAGAAGUCAAGUCUUUGACAUAUUGGACUUUCAAGAAGCAGUGUCACUUGCACUAUCACCAUGAUGAUGCGUUUUACAUCGUGGGACAUUAUGCAUCCUCACGAUGAUGCAUUUUACAUCAUGGUACAUUAUGCAUCCUCACGAUGAUGCAUUUUACAUCAUGGUACAUUAUGCAUCCUCACGAUGAUGCGUUUUACAUCGUGGGACAUUAUGCAUCCUCAUGAUGAUGUGUUUUACACCAUGGUACAUUAUGCAUCCUCAUGAUGAUGCGUUUUACAUCAUGGUACAUUAUGCAUCCCCAUGAUGAUGCGUUUUACAUCAUGGUACAUUAUGCAUCCUCACGAUGAUGCAUUUUACAUCAUGGUACAUUAUGCAUCCUCACGAUGAUGCGUUUUACAUCGUGGUACAUUAUGCAUCCUCAUGAUGAUGCGUUUUACAUCGUGGUACAUUAUGCAUCCUCAUGAUGAUGCAUUUUACAUUGUGGUACAUUAUGCAUCCUCAUGAUGAUGCGUUUUACGUCAUGGUACAUUAUGCAUCCUCAUGGUGAUAUGUUUUACAUCAUGGUACAUUAUGCAUCCUCAUGAUGAUGCGUUUUACAUCACGGUACAUUAUGCAUCCUCAUGAUGAUGCAUUUUACAUCAUGGUACAUUAUGCCCAUGAUGAUGCGUUUUUACAUCAUGGUACAUUAUACAUCAUCAUGAUGUGGCAAGUUACAAUUUCCUUUCAAUCUGUAGACUUGUGAUAAUGGAGAGAGAGCAUCCAUAGUGAGUUCUUCAAUCAGAUCUUGGCAUCCAAAGGAUCUUGUGGAGCUCGGAUCGAGAAAUGAAAGACUCCUCUGGCCAAGAGGAGCCGGUCUUCUGUAGCAGAGGAUAUGGAGAUGAGUGCUUUGCAAUUUCUACAAGACCCAGCAAUCUUUCAAAGUUGCAAAUAUAUCGGGCUACACCUCAUGGUUUAAUGCAUUAUUGUAUGAUGAGAGAAUACGUUAUUACACGAGCAGGUAGCUUGUUACAGACGACAAUGUCGCGUACACGUUUGUGUAUGCAAGGAAACAAGAAAUGUAUGUUUCAAAUAGAACAAUGAAAGACUGAUUAAUCCAUUUGAAAUGAAGUGUAAUGGAACUAGAAAUGUUCUUCCUUCCCCGGUUUCUCCCUCCGAGUCCCUUGUGCUCUUCUGGGAUGUGAGAGCAAACAUGGAACAUUUGGUUUUUCAUUUGAAAUACACUGCAACAUUCAAUCUAACCAUAUCAAAUGUUAAUACCGUCGUAUGCUUGUAAUUUCAACCAUGCUGCACAGACUAAUUCAUCAUGUGAAGUGAUUCAUUAUUUAGACUUGAAUCACACUCGUUUGAUUGUUCCACCAGAUCAUAACAAUAAGAUAGGGUGCCAUUUGGGAUGCACACUAUGUUUCCUGUAUAAGGCACACAUUUUGACCAGAUCCCCGGUCACAAGUAGUGCACUAUCAAAGAAAUAGGGUGUCAUUAUGGACGCAGACAUAGAAAUAGGCUGUAUGUGUAGUCAUUUUCACGUGUGGGUUGAAAACAAAGACCAAGGAAGAUGAGAUGACACAUAUAGCUUCAGAUAUUAUAGUUGAGUAGUCAUCACAGCUCACAGUUUGAUAAAUCUCUGCGUCGGAGGAUAGAGUUGAAGGAUGUGCCAUGUGUUGCAUCUUAUAUGAAUGUAUUCAAUCAUAUAAUACAUGGCAACAACACCUCCUUUUCAGAGUUCACAAAAUAACAAACACCCACCCUGAAACCAAGAGUAAGGGCCUGAUUUUCGUGUCAGUUACAAAUUAAAAUAAAUCCUUGUCCAGUAGAUGCAGUGGUGUAAAGUACUUAAGUAAAAAUACUUUAAAGUACUACUUAAGCUGUUUUUUGGGGGGUAUCUGUACUGUACUAUUUCUAUAUUUAACAACUUUUACUUCACUACAUUCCUAAAUAAAAUAAUGUACUUUUUACUUCAUACAUUUUCCCCUAACACCCCAAAGUACUCAUUUCAUUUUGAAUGCUUAGCAGGACAGAAAAAUGGUCCAAUUCAGGAGAACAUCCCAGGCCAUCCCUACUGCCUCUGAUCUGGCGGACUCACUGGUCAGCCCUACUGCCUCUGAUCUGGCAGACUCACUGGUCAGCCCUACUGCCUCUGAUCUGGCGGACUCACUGGUCAGCCCUACUGCCUCUGAUCUGGCGGACUCACUGGUCAGCCCUACUGCCUCUGAUCCGGCGGACUCACUGGUCAGCCCUACUGCCUCUGAUCCGGCAGACUCACUGGUCAGCCCUACUGCCUCUGAUCUGGCGGACUCACUGGUCAGCCCUACUGCCUCUGAUCUGGCGGACUCACUGGUCAGCCCUACUGCCUCUGAUCUGGCGGACUCACUGGUCAGCCCUACUGCCUCUGAUCUGGCAGACUCACUGGUCAGCCCUACUGCCUCUGAUCUGGCGGACUCACUGGUCAGCCCUACUGCCUCUGAUCUGGCGGACUCACUGGUCAGCCCUACUGCCUCUGAUCUGGCGGACUCACUGGUCAGCCCUACUGCCUCCGAUCUGGCGGACUCACUGGUCAGCCCUACUGCCUCCGAUCUGGCGGACUCACUGGUCAGCCCUACUGCCUCCGAUCUGGCGGACUCACUGGUCAGCCCUACUGCCUCUGAUCUGGCGGACUCACUGGUCAGCCCUACUGCCUCUGAUCUGGCGGACUCACUGGUCAGCCCUACUGCCUCUGAUCUGGCGGACUCACUGGUCAGCCCUACUGCCUCUGAUCUGGCGGACUCACUGGUCAGCCCUACUGCCUCUGAUCUGGCAGACUCACUGGUCAGCCCUACUGCCUCUGAUCUGGCAGACUCACUGAACACAUGCUUUGUUUGUAAAUUAUGUCUGAGUGUUGGAGUGUGUCCCUGGAUAUCCAUAAAUAUAAAAACAAGACAACGGUGCCAUUAGAUUUGCUUAAUAUAUGUCACGAAUCCCGCUUCCUGAGUCUGUGUUUGCCUGUGUUUCUGUCCUGGAGUGUGUUUCCGGUGUCCUGGAACGCACCCUGUCUGGUUGCCCGGCGAAUUAGCUUGUUGGGAGAUCGAUGUUCACCCGCACCUGUAUCCCAUCAGUAAUCUGCACACCUGUCCUGAUCAUCACCUCUCCCCUUCAAAAGCUCUGACCUGACAUCCAUUCCCUGCCGGAUCGUUAGCCAUGAACAUUACUCACCCGGAUCAUUUACCCCAUUCCCGCCUGGUCGUCGGAGGAUUCCGCUACCCCAUUGGAUCCACCUAUUUACUCCCAUCAACUCACCACCGCUGCCCGCUACGCCACCUGGAUAUAUCUCCACAUUCACUUGUAAAUAAAUACUCAC